CUUAUCCUCACGUAUAAAAGGUGACCAAACUUUCAUUUCGGGUUAGGAAGUUGACGGUACUACGCAGCAUUUAAAUCUCAAAUUGAAGAGCUUUUCAGCCAUGAAACUUCUCCUCGUUAUCACAGUGGUCGCCCUGAUUCAUGGCAGCUAUGCCACUUUGCUCAUUAAAGGGCCAACCCAGCCGGUCCUGGAGGGAGACAGCGUCACACUGGAGUGCCAGUACACCGGGUCUGAUCUGAACAUCAGCCAGGUUCACUUUGAGGUUUUCUCCAAGUAUACACAGAUGUGGCGUCCAGUUCUGGAGCGAUUCUGGUGCUUCUAUUCGAUGCAAGUCGAGCAGACCGGAGACAGCCUCACCCUGUCCAUCGCCCACACAGGAAAGUACUAUGAGGGACCCUACCGCUGUGUGUCUGACGCCGAAAACGUGACCGAGGAAGACAAAUCCUCCCAGCCAGUGGGCUUCAAAGUGCAUUAUAUGGGGGAGCUGCUUCUGAACAGAGACGGCUACGGCAGGUACCUGGGGACGCCAGAGGAGCUGAAGGUGCGACUCGGAGAUGACGUGGUGGUGUACUGCUCUGCCAGUGCAUCCGAGGAGCCAGUCUACUUCUGGAAUAAAGACGGAGACGACUGGAUCCUUCCUUCCUCUAAGCUGACUCUGAAGAAGGUGACCGCGAUGGAUGGAGGUCAGUACACUUGCAUGGCUGAGCAUCCCUCUGUGGAGGCCCUGAGCAAGAAACGCACCAUCAGCAUCACUGUGCUGCCUGCUGAUUCCCCCUGGUACGCGUCCAGUAAUGGCCGACUCGUGCUGAUGACCUCUGCGGCUGCUGUGUCUCUCCUGGUGCUUAUCCUCUCCAUGAGCGUGUUCCUGUGCCGCAGGGCCAAGCAGGCCAAGACCAGCAAGGGACCCAUUGAUGACCGCUCUCAGAAGAAACCCAUCUACAAAAGCAGUGUGGAGUCCCUACCCUCCACCUCUGGAGACAAACAACCUCUGGUGUAGCUGCACAGGCAGGUGGAAGAGAAGGCUGAGGGGGAGAAGAUGGAACGGGGGAGAUGGAGUGGGUGGCUGGAAAAUGAGGGACGGCAUAAAGGGGAUACUUAAAGGGGGGAGGAGCUGGUGUAUGGAUGGUCAGAUUGGGGGGAGAAAAUAGAGAGGAAAGAAAGGAAAUCAAAGAGGGAUAUUUGGAGGCUUUAGAGGAAGGAAAAUCAAAAUCAGAAACAAGCAGGGUGUAAAAAAAAAGCCUGAAGGGCAAAUGAUUGCUUUAGAGAAAAAACAGCUUUGCUUGUGGGUGUAUGCAGCAGUUCUGCAUCUUAGAAAAAAGGUGGCCAAUUUCUUUUCAUUCAUGCAGCAGCAUGGAAAAUGGUGGGCUACUUUCUUUGCAAAAUAAUGUGGGAUAAUGUAAAGACAUCACAUGUAAUUCUCUCUUUCCUGAGUCAAAUAUAAUUACUCAGCUGUGUGUUAUGAAUGAGCCUCUUAGGUGAUAAAACAUGGCUGUUUUUUUUUGUUAGUUUUCUUUCAACCUUAUUUUCCUCCAGAGAUGAAUCAUCCGAAAGAAUCUGUGAGGUUAUUAUAAUCUUUUUUUUAACUGUGACAGCUUUCAAGCAUAUUGCACUCCAAUAUUUAACUUACUGUACUGUGGAUUUCUUUGAUAUUAAAUGGCUUUCAGAAAAUAUUA